GCCGGCAUCCGACCCAUCCGCCCUUGGUCCGAACCUCCGAACCGCCAUCAUUUCCUCCACUCUGCCGCCACCAUUUCUCCAACUAGACGCGGGAUGUCGCACUUUGCAGCUGGAUUCUACGCAAAUUGACCAUUGAUAGGAAAACUUGUAGAGAAAAUGGAAAACGAAUAUCAGGCUCCUUACCUACCAAGAAAUCUGUGGACUGGCGAACAGGUGUCUUCGGAGCAGCUUCGAGGCUUUGUUUGAGAAGCCCUGCCACACACAAUAGCACUGCCAACAGUCACUGAUAUGGACCUACAGAACCAAAGUUUACCCCAUCUGUACUAAUCAAUCAGCGUUCUCGAUGGCGCGUUUUCUCGCCUUCAUUUCACUAAACCACGGAAGCAACCAGGCCGACCGCACAAACUGUAAUCCCCUGGUAUAAGCACGCAAAUGAUAACAGAAAGAGAUAACGGCAUUCCAUAAGUUGGAGGCCUUUGCUCUUUCGUUGCAGACAUGGCGUCCAAACCCGACGACGCUACUGUGGUGGACUCUCUUCCUGAACUUCCCAAUGUCGUCGACCAGAAGAAGCAAAAGCAGUCUCUUCUAGGGUACUUUUGGGAUACUGCAGAUCUCAGCCCUGAAGAGAGGCGUCUCUUGUUCAAAGUAGAUGCUUCGGUGCUUAUUUUUGCUUCACUGGGUUACUUCAUCAAGAAUUUGGACCAGACCAAUGUCACCAGUGCGUAUUUCGCUGGCAUGCGCGAAGAUUUGGGAAUGUACGGAAACGAACUUGUUCAUGCUACAUCUUAUUGGACGGCUGGAUAUGUCAUCGGUCAAGUGCCCUCAAACCUACUUCUUACCAGAAUAUCUCCUCGCUACGUUAUCCCUGCCCUCGAACUUGCGUGGGGACUGUCAACUCUCGGCACCUAUGCAGUGAAAAACGUAGAGUCACUCUUUGCACUUCGCUUCCUAGUUGGUCUCUUCGAGAGCGGAUUUUAUCCGGGAAUGCACUUCAUUCUUGGGUCAUGGUAUACCCCGCGGGAGCUGGCAAAGCGAUCUGUUAUGUUCUGGAGUGCCGGAUCGCUCGGUCAGAUGUUCUCGGGUUUCUUGCAGACCGCGGCAUACAAGAAUUUGAACGGUGUACACGGGUUGAGUGGAUGGCGAUGGCUGAUGAUUGUAGACGCUGUCAUAACACUUCCGAUCGCCCUGCUUGGUUUCGUUUUCCUCCCAGAUCUCCCGUUCAACGCAAAGAAAUCAUUCCUUCUUAGUCCAGAAGAUAUUGCUCUAGCUCGGGCCCGAAUGAAAGCCAUAGGACGGAAAGAAGCAGAGCCAUGGACCCGUGCAAAGCUUCGUCGGAUCCUCACCUCGUGGUACAUCUGGGUCUUGCCUAUAGAAUACGUCCUGUGGAACAAUGGCAUUGCCCAAUCACCCAUGCAAUACUGGCUUAAGGGCUUCAACAGUACCCCCGCUCCCGUUCCGGGAAAGAAAUACACCGUCUCUCAAAUACAGUUAUUGCCUCUUCCUGCGACUGCCGUCUUCGUCGUCACAGCAUGGUUCCUAGCUUGGCAAAGUGACGGACCAUUCAAAGGUCGAAGAUAUCCAUUUAUAUAUCUCGGCGCCGUGAUCACGCUUAUAUUCAAUAUCGCUUGGCUCGCCAUGCCUCUGUACAAGAACAUUCCAGGCCAUUUUGCCUACUUCUACCUUAUGACUACUGGGACCACAGCUGGACCGUUGAUCUUGAACUGGGCCAGCGAAAUAACGCAAGCAGAUACUGAACUUCGGGCCCUCUGUGUCGCCCUCGGAAACGAUCUUGCGUAUGUAGUACAAGCCGUUGCACCCAAUUUCGUCUGGAAGACGACGGAUUUCCCACGAGCCACCAAGGGCUACCAUUGGUCUAUCAUUCUCCAAGUACUUUUGAUUCUUUGGACCCUUCUGAUACAAUUCCUUCUUCGAAGAGACGAGAGAAAGAAGAAAGGACAACUAGAACAGACUAUCGAGGCUGGCGAAGCUUCGACUUCAGCACAUCAUGAUAGAGCCGACACUGACAACGACCCAGUUAAAGUGAGCGAGGGUGAUCCACUGGAGGAGAGCAAACAUAGUCGAUGACCUCUACACUUUCACGAGCUGCCUGCUAUAGAUAAUUCGGGCAUUUUUGUAUAAUCUUAUCAUGAAAUUUUUUUCUCUUGA